GUACGACACUGAUAAUCUAGUCUAGCAUGUUGAACGGGCUUUCAGUUGGCCCGAAAAGUUAACACACUAUACACUCUUAACUACCCUUCACUAAGCUAUAACUUCUUACAAUUUUUCCUGUACUCUUUGGCCUUCCAGUACGACACUGAUAAUCUAGUCUAGUGUACUGAACGGGCUUUAUGGACAGCUACAAAAGAAAUCCACUAAAACCAUGGAAGAAGGGCCCGGCAAGAGGGAAAGGGGGCCCGCAGAACGCGUUAUGCGAAUACCGAGGCGUUCGACAGAGAACAUGGGGGAAAUGGGUAGCAGAAAUCAGAGAGCCUAAAAAGAGAACUAGGCUAUGGUUAGGAUCUUUUGCUACAGCUGAAGAAGCUGCAAUGGCUUAUGAUGAAGCAGCAAGAAGAUUAUAUGGACCAGAUGCUUACCUUAAUUUACCUCAUAUGAGAGCUAAUUUCAAUCCAUUGAACAAAUCACAAAAGUUCAAAUGGUUUUCAUCAACCAACAACUUUGUUUCAUCAUUAAUCCCAAAUACCACUGGCUUACUCAACUUAAGUGCUCAGCCAAAUGUUCAUGUAAUUCACCAAAGACUUCAAGAACUCAAGAGAGCAGAGGCCGCGGCUGCAACAGCCUCAUCUUCGAGUUCAUCAAUCAGUGAUCUUCCCAAAAAUGGAACUCAAAACUAUAGUAAAUUACAACCUGAGUACUUGACAAUGACAAGUCCGCAAGUGAUGAUCAAGGAGAAGGAAGAUGAAUUCUCAUCACUCAACAAUGUAGCGGUUCGUGGUGAUCAAGCUGAGAAGCCUCAGAUUGAUCUGAAUGAAUUUCUUCAACAAAUAGGAAUAAUGAAAAGAGAUGAUCAUCAACAACAACCGCCUGAUAAAAAUCAAGAUCAUGAUCAUAAUAAUAAUAAUAACAGCAUCAGUAGUUUCACAGAGUCGGGAGUUUCACUAAAAGACGAUAGUUCAAUUGCUCAUUUAUUUGGUGAUACAACAAGUUAUAAUUGGGACACAUUGGGUGCAAUAACAGGUAUAGAAGAUCAUGAGGUAGCAGCAGAAGAGGCUAAUAGCUUUUAUAAUGUGAAUGAUGAGCUUAUGUUUCCAUCUUCAAUAUGGAACUUUUGAAAGAAUUUAUCUUAUAUACACGUAUUAAAAGUAUCUUUACAUCGUCGGUGUAUUUUAACCGACUAUAAUAGGUUAUUUACAGAUCAUUU